AUGAAGGAGAAGGACGAGGUCAACAGUCUAAACAAAUACAGUCACAAUUUCUUUGGGGUCUAUUGUACCUGCAGCCGGCCUUACCCAGACCCAGACGACCAGGUGGAGGAUGAGAUGAUUCAGUGUGUGGUGUGUGAGGACUGGUUGCACGGCAGGGUACACUAUGAUGAAGCACACUUUCUACCUCACACCAGGGAGAAAAGGAGUGUGCUUACAGACAAAUGGAAUUACAUCCUUGAUGUUGUAGUGAAUACCUCUAGUGCACAAACAUUCGAGCAGAUUCGGUUUGCUUUGAAUGCAACUAGUCUUCCUAUACAACUUGAUAACAAUACAGAGAUCACUGAUGUUGUCGUCACAACAGUGUGUUCACCAACUGGCUCUGGCUUCCAGUGUAGAUGUGAGGAACAAUUUGCUUGGCCGUACAGCAGCUGUGUCUUGUACAGAGCCUGUGAUUCCAUAUCCAGUGGCAUCUGUAAAUGCAUCAAUGCCAUUCCAGCUAACGGCCAGUCCUGCCAGCCAAUAUCAGAGCUGCUAUCUGAGGUUGAGUACACAGUGGAUGUGGAACUGAAUGUUACAGAUGUCGAGACAAUUAACUAUCUUAGGAACAUCUUGAGCAACGGCAGCUAUUCCCUGGCCUUGGGUCCCAUUGUGAAUGUAACAGACAUUGACAUUACCACAGUGUGUUACCCAAAUGACACCAACUUCCAGUGCAGAUGUGAGGAUCAGCACGUUUGGUCAUAUAGAAACUGUAUUACAUACGGAGCCUGUGAUGAGAUCGCUGAUAACACGUGUAGGUGUAUCAAUGGUAUUCCAUCUGAUGGGCAGUACUGCCAGCCAAAAGAAGUACCUUCAGUUGUCUAUGAAUAUGAGAUUUUCAUUGAGGUGAACACUACAGACCCAGAUCAACUGAGAAACUUUGUGGAUAUUCACACUUUCCCUGUCCAAGUCAGCUCCCAAAUAAACAUCUCAGCUGCUGAUAUCACUACAGUUUGCAGCAAAGAUGGCAAUGAGUUCCAGUGCCGCUGUGAGGAUGACUACCUUUGGCCUUGUGACAAAUGUGCCACCCAUGGAAAAUGUGAUGGUGAUGCAAACAACUCCUGUGCGUGCAUUAAAGCUAUUCCCACAGAUGGACAGUAUUGUCAGUCAAUACACCAACAAAACUUUUCAGUGUGCCAAAAUUGUUCUUUUAUGCAUCUUCUCUCUGCAGCUCCUCCAGUUCUUUAUGAAUACCUGAUUUCUAUUGAGUUGAACAUCUCAGAUGUUGCAGUAAUAAAUCAACUGAGGAGCAUUCUGAGCAACAUCAGUUACCCCAUCAGCAUCAGCAACCAACUACAAAUCUCUGAUGUCAACAUUUCUACAGUUUGUUCUCCGAGCAGUGGUAGUUUCCAGUGCAGAUGUGAGGAUCAGUAUCGUUGGCCAUUGCUAAUGGCAGGGAAGGAAUACCCAUCACAGCUGGCAUGUUAUCCACCAACAACAACAACAACAACACGAACAACAACACCACCAACAACUAGUUUUGAUGUGCAAAUGUCAGUAAGAUUGGACAAGGACUACACAGACGCAUUAAGUAAUUCAGGAAGUGACACAUACAAGAAUCUCAAAUCAAGCAUUGAAACAGUGGUGGAGGAACAAUAUAAGGGAAUCACAGGGUUUCUCAAUGUUUUUGUGAAUGCAUUCAGAGAAGGAAGUGUAAUUACAGACUUUGUUGUUCAGACAACACAAGUUAAAACGGAUGAAUUUGCCAAAGCAAAUCAAGCCCUCCCUGAAGCAAUGAAGCCUAUUGCCCCUGUUUUGGGCUCAGUUACAGCACUUUACAACAGUCCAACUCCAAUCAGCCCUCCUCCUGACAUCCUUUAUACUGGUAACACUAUGACGCUGACGUGUGGCCCUCCUGAGGGCCUUGCUAUAGGAACAAUUUCUCGAUCUGGCUGGAAAUUUAAUGGACGGGAAAUAAAAAAUAACACAAGGAUUAAAAUGACUAUUUCUGGCAAACAAUCUUUGCUUACAAUUCAGAAUGUCGUCCUUGCUGAUAUUGGAAACUAUGAAUGUACUCUGGAGGGCCAAGUAAUUACAUUCUCCCAAAAAGGAAGAGUACUGGAAGCUAAAAUCCAACCAGCUCCCAUUGUGCAACUACAGAGUAAAGUGAAUGUUAACUGCCAAGAGGUCAAGCAACAACCCCUUGAUUGCUGCGUGCAGUCACUCUAUAAAGUGAAGUGGUAUCAAGGCCCAACUGUUUUAGAAAUAGAAACUAUUUCCGAAUCAGGAAUCUACUGCAUCAAGCAUAAAUACCCGAUAAGCUGUGACGGAUUAACUCCAAUUAGUUUUGAAUGUAAGGUAGAUCAACCAACUGGUUAUAAGAUGACGACAGCAAUGAACAUUUUCAGAGACAAUAUUGACUGUAGAGAUAGCCAGUAUGGGGUUGGACAACAAGAUGACACUUCCACCAUUGGUUGUGGUAAAGGUCAAGAGGGGAGCAAGACUGCAGUCUGUCAGGAAAAAAAAUGGAAACUUAUAGAGGACACCUGCAUCUUAUCACAAAUCAAGGAAUUACUCAUUGUGUCACAGGAUUUGGAAAAGGAGCAAGUGCCAGCAUUUGUGGGGAAUCUGAGUAAAACUGUUGUGGGAGAAAAAACUCAAGUCUCAGGUUCAUCUGCAACUAUAUCAGCUAUUGUUGGGAUCCUAAACACCAUUGCAAAUGUGUCCACUACCAUUGAUAAACCUGUCAUGGAGGAUGUACUUCAAACAGUUGAUGUCAUCAUUGGCGAUGAUGCAAGAGAGUCCUGGGCAACUCUGAAUGCAAACGAAACCCGCAAUGCAAGCUCAGAAUUACUGGGUUCACUGGAGACUCUCUCUAAUGGGUUAGUGGGGGAGUUUGUCAUUGAAACUGAACGGAUCCUGCUCAACAGAACCAGGUUUAACAAUUCCUUCAUGGCAAAUCUGAACUCCAGCAUCAUUUUAGACAUUCCACAUACCGACAUUACCAACACCUCUAUCACCACAAUCACCUUUUCCACCCUUAACAAUGUUAUGCCAGCACGGAAUGCCAGCUUUAACGUGAGCCUCUUCGAUGCAAACAGCAAUGAAACAGUCAGUGAUAACACCAUCAAUGCUGCUGUAGUGUUAAUCCGAAUUAAUGCAACAAUUCAGAAUGUCACUCUGACCUACAACAAGCGAAAUAAGUCCCUGUCACUAAACCCUCAGUGCGUCUUCUGGAACUUUACAAUCUUUGAUAAUCGGGGCGCUUGGGAUGAUAAGGGGUGUAAAUUUGUUUCGGACGUUAACGAUAUGGUAACCUGUAACUGUAACCAUCUCACCUCCUUCUCAAUUCUGAUGGCAACGGACAUCCCUCCAGAGCUGAAAGAUGUCUUGGAUAUAAUAACUUAUGUUGGAGUUGGGAUAUCUCUGGCAAGCUUAGUUAUAUGUCUUAUUAUUGAAGGAUAUGUUUGGAAAGCCAUUACCAGAAAUAGCACUGCUUUCAUGCGUCAUGUUUCCAUCAUUAACACUGCCCUGUCUCUGUUGAUCGCUGACAUCUGUUUCAUCAUUGCUGCCUCUAUUGCCAAGAACUCCCUUGAAAAUCCAGGAGAAGACUACAAUGUUCCAGUUGGACCAUGCAGCACAGCAACAUUUUUUAUGCACUUUUUCUACCUUGCUCUGUUCUUUUGGAUGCUUGUGUCAGGCCUUCUGCUCUUUUACCGGACAGUCAUGGUCUUCUCCCACAUGUCCAAGUCAACCAUGUUGGCCAUUGGCUUUAGUUUAGGCUAUGGGGGCCCUCUGAUUAUAGCUGUAAUUACUGUUGCCGUCACAGCACCGGGAAAUGGAUACAUCAGGAAAGACUAUGCUUGUUGGCUCAACUGGAUGGAAACAAAGGCUCUGCUGGCCAUGGUGAUACCUGCCUUGACCAUAGUUUUUAUCAACAUUUUAAUUGUAAUUGUGGUCCUGUUCAAAAUGCUAAGAAGAGGUGUGGGAGACGCCGCCCAAACAGAUGAGAAGCAUACGCUGUGGGUCAUUCUAAGGUGUGUGGUCAUUUUGACUCCUUUAUUUGGACUGACCUGGUCUUUAGGAGUUGGAACCAUGGUAUCGUCAACAAAUAAAGGACUCCACAUUGCCUUUGCAUUCUUCAAUUCACUACAGGGUUUCUUCAUUUUAGUGUUUGGGACACUAUUCGAUUCAAAGAUCCGUGCUCUUCUCUCAAAGAAAAUACCUGGGCCUACAUCAAGCACAGGCUCUAAUCCAACGAGAAGUACAAGUGGAGGUGUUUCCUCUUUCAGUGGACUAAAUUUGAUAAGUCGACUGCGUGGAAGAAGAUAUAUCUAUCGUGUGUCAGAAGCGACAAACUCAAGCAGCAAUGGUGCAUCGGAGUCAUUCAUGAAUAUAUAAAUCAACACAAUAAUAUGUACACAUAAAAUUGAUUUCAUUACUGAUUCAAAAGACCAGACAGUUAUUGUAAGAUCUUUCAGUAAAUAAUCUGAACCUUUCUUUUGAAUGACAAGUUUAUUUUUACUGGGAUAAUAUUGUAAACACUGGUGCAACAACUGGGCAGUCAAUCGGUCUGUCUAUAAUGAGAAUACUUAGGAAAGCAGGAAAGUGUGACAUAUAUAAAUUGAGAUUUGGAAGCGGUGUAGCUAUGCUAAACUCUGGCUCUGCCAUCUUUGUUGUAUUUCACAUAUAAUUUCAAUAGUCUCCAUCGCCCACAGAAAGUUGUAAUAUACUGUUUUAUUGUUAUUUUAAUUGAUUAUUCAACAUCUGGCUGAGUGUUAAUGUGCAAUGUACUGGUAAAAAUUAAAUUAAGAAAUUAAAUUGGAAAAACUGGUAAUGCAAUACAACUAUAAUGUUCAUUUGCUCACAAAUGUGCUAGUUAGGAUGAACUUUGCUGUUAAAUAAUGUGGAUGGUUCAUUAAAUUGUCUGUGAACAGUAGAUAUAUUUUUUCAAAUCAUUUAUUUUUUUUA